CUGGGUAGGUUGGUGGAUCAGGCCCCACACUCAAAAAGCAAAUAGUAAUAGAAUCCAGCAGCUGCGGCUUUCCACAUUGACUCACAAACGUGUGGAUAUCAAAGGAACUACUGAAGUAAAAGAAACGUGGAUCGCGCUGCCGGUAGGACAUCAACAUGGACAGUGAGUGUACGGAUACUUCAUUUCAUUCACACAACUUUAGCGCAGCGCCAUCUUACAUCUUUACUUACCACACAAGAUGAUCUUCCUAUAUACCCUGACAACGUCUCUGAUCACUAUCUACUUCUCAGGUGUAACCACAGCAAGGGAAGAUAUAACUGGCUUUGUGAAUGACACGGUCACUUUACCCUGCACAUAUUCUCCUAGGACAGAGGCUACUGAGGUUUGUUGGAGAAAAGCCAACUGUUCUAAAUCAACGUGUCGUUUUUCAUUCCUCCGCACUAAUGGCAGCAGCGUGAUCAAGAGAAAUUCUGUCAGAUAUAAGUUACUGGGGGACAUCACACAGGGGGACGCAUCCUUGACCAUCACCAGGUUGAUUAUGAGCGAUAAAGGAACUUACUGCUGCGAAGUAGUAAUACCAGGACCAUACAAUGGCGUGAAAACGGAAAUAAAUGUGCAAGUCUUUGAAACACCAGUUGUCAUUGGUUCAUUGGAUAACUCAGUGAUAUUACCCUGCAAAUAUUCCACCACUGAAGGGUUAACUCAGUUGUGCUGGGGAAGAGGCGACUGUUCUAACCUUAGGUUGUGUUCUGAUGCAAUCCUCCGGACCAAUGGCAGCAAAAUUAUCAAGAGGACAUCUAACAGAUAUGAGUUACUGGGGAACCUCGUCGAGGGGAACGCAUCCCUGACCAUCACCAGCUUGACUAUGGAAGAUGAAGGCAUUUACUGCUGCAAAGUGAUUAUCCCGGGGCCGGCCAAUGACGUGAGCCGAGAACGCACCCUACAAAUAUUGACAAAAAGACUCAACUGGAACACGACUGGAAACGUGAUAAGAGGGAUUAUGAUCUUUUUGGUCCCCAUUAUAGUCCUGCUCAUUUAUAAAUGCGGCUCCUUGUAGAAGCUGAAGAAUAUGAUGAAUCCAAUAAUAUCUAUUCCAAAAGGAGAUGGUCUCAUGAAAAGAACCUUAGUUAAUAUUGUCACUGGGGGUUCUUCCCGCCGUUCAUAUCUCCUUUGGCAGGUUGGACCCUCCUUUAUUAUUCAGAAUGGACAAUUGUGAAGAAAGAGCGCUUCCCAUGCUGAAAUUAAACUAAUUUUAUAUGCAGCUCCUUUCCAAAUCUACGUCUCCAAGUUUACAUCUUACAGUGAAACUUUCCAAGAAGACCAUCCCUGAGAAGACCCCUUGCGAUCCCCUUUUUGUAACUGAUUUUUCUUUUAGGAGGGUACAGUCCACGUCAUUCUGCCAUGGGGAGAAGAGCCAUGCUGGUGACUAAGAAUGAGAAGGGGAACCAUGCUGGAAACCAGUGUAGAAGUGGGGGAGUCAUGAAGAGAUGGAGAGCCAUAUUGGAGAAGAAGAAUGAGAUGGGGGCCAUUCAUGGGACACAGAGCCAUGAUGGGAACUUAUAUUGAAAUGGGGAGUCAUGUUGGAGCCUAGGAAUGAGAUGGAGAACCAUGCUGGGGAAUAGCACUAAGAUGAGAAGCAAUUUUGGGGACCAUGAAUGAGAUGAGGAACCAUGUUGAGGAAUAGUAAUGAGAUGGAGAGCCAUGCAGGGGACCAGGAAUGAGAUGGGGAGACAUGAAGGGAACCUGGAAUAAGAUGAGGAGCCAUGCUGGGAACUAGGAAUGAGUUUGAGAGCUAUGUUGGGGACCAUAAAUAAUAUCUAUACCCAUGCUGUGGGCAAGGAAUAAUAUGUGAAGUCAGGACAGGAAAUAAGAUGGGAAGCCAUGCUGGGGACCAGGAGUAGGAUACUGGAGACCAUGAAUAAGGGUGUGUACCAUGCUGGAGACCAUGAAUAAGG